CAUGAUCGCCUCGACUUACUAACAUAUUAGAAAGGCCUUCUAGGAAGUAUAAUAUGUCAGAUGAGUUUCACUCGCACACACUGUGGUGCAGUUUAAAUCUCUUGGGACGUACACCGCUUCAGGUUUGACUCCUAUCUCACAUUUCUAUUUUGCCUUCGUUCAUCAUGUCAACGAGGACUUACCCCGCGUUCUGCUCCCUCAAUCAGCCUGAACUGGAAUUGCUGUCAAUGUCGGUGCCUCUGGAUCAGGCCAUAAAUAUAUAUCCUUCUCUUGACGAAGUACCUUGGCACGACAACCUGACGGCCACUUUCCUUUUUGAACAAUUUCUUACUGCGGCAGCGCCGUAUCAUAGUAUCGCAUCUUUACCGGCUGGAGAUUUAUCGUCCGUAAUUCAGCAGACCAUCUCUCCUGGGGAAUCGUCCACUCGGACUCGCGAGUUGACUGGGCCAGUGCGAUUAAAACGUACUCGGACUCGCGUCGUCCAUGCCUGCGAUUACUGCCGCCACCAGAAAAAGAAGUGUUCCGGGGAGAAGCCAAUGUGUUUGAGCUGCCUAAAGUUGGGAAGGGUAUGCGCCUGGACACCCAUAAAAACCACGAAAUACCGCCCCUCUCGGAAGCGCAACGCAGCCAAGUUAUAUCAAAUACCAUCUCGUACGUGCGAGCUAGACCCCAUGACGGAUCCUAGGCAGCUUACGGCUAUGCAAGAUGCAGCUACUUUAGUAUCUUCUGUGCGGAACACUCAAGCAGCAAACAUACCUCCAGUAGAGUUUCCGGUGCAGAUAGUCACCAGUCAGACCCGAACUGUUGACUUCGACUUGGGUUUGUCUCACAGUCGGGUGUGGAGCCCACCCCCUCCCCCUUGUCCUCCAUAUUUUUACAACACUCCGUCUUGCGCACAUCCUCUCCGCACGCGCCAACGACUGCGCGAUGAAUACCUUUGCCACCAGGCUGUUGCGACCGGCUAAUGAGACCUCGCAAGAAAGUAUUCCUGUCGCAUCCGGUCCCUUUAACCCACCAUCAUGUUCUUUUUCCCUGACUUUGGAUUGUGAUAUGGACGCUAUUGUUAUCAACUACACGGACGCUUUAGCGAUGGACUAUGAUAUAGACGCUGUUACUAUUAACUACACGGACGCUUCAGCGAAGGACUACGCUAUGAACGUUUCAGCUGUAGACUACGGCGCGCAUGAACAGCGGACUAUCUAGCUUGCAUCUGACAUCUACCGAUAAUUUGAC